AUGACGACGCGUCAUAAGUUUCUACUGUUGGCGGCAACGCUUUUGGCCCUUUACGGUACCGCUGGAGCCCAAUCACGGGGCGCCGCCGGGCCGGUCGGCCGGAGCAUUUGCGACACUUGCGCGUGCGCUCCCGACAACGUCACUCCCGUGACGGUCAACUGCACGUGUACGAAGACAAAACUGCUGAUCGUCCGGGAACAGGACACCGCGAUCCUGUCGUCCGUCCAGGAUUUGACGCUGGCCAGUUGCGGCUUCGUGUCUCUGCCGUCGUCCGGGCUGUCGAGCUCGACGUCGCUGUCCCGCGUCACUGUGCGUGACAUGAAACUGUUCCACUACACGGCCGGCUUGUUCCCGGCACUAGAGAGCCUGUCCGUCGAGGACGUCGGCGAGCUGGUUCUGGACGGGUUCGGGCCAGCCAACCGGACGCUCCGUCACCUGACGCUCCGACGCACCACCGUGUUCAGGCUGGUCAAGGGCACGGUGACGGCGGCCGCACCGCUGCGCCGCGUCCUGUUCGACCGGGUGGACGUGGACGAGAUCGAAUCUGGAGCGCUGGACAUGUCGUUCGUCAGCGACGGCGACAACGGCCAACUACAGGCGGCCGCCGACAGGUUCACAGUCGUCGAUUCUACGAUCAAAUCGGUGCAGUCGGGUGGCGUGACGGUCCGGUCUGGCGCCGUCAGGAUCCUGAACAGCACUCUGGAUGACUUGGCGUCCGGCGCUGUGGUGGUGGACAACGCGCGCGGCAGCAUCCGGCUGUCCGGAAACCGUCUGGGCGGGAUGACCGGCGACAGCCUGUCCGCUGUCCGGUGGGACGGUGACGGGAAUGUACAAGUGGACGGAAACCUGUUCCGCACACUUCCGGCCGACAUGCAGCUCCUUCGGUCCGAGAGGCCCACCGAGUUCGUCGGCAACGAAGUGGACAGCGUGGAUCUGAGCCCGUUCCUUUUCGGGCUGGGGCCCGUUGUCCGGGCGACUGACAACCGGUUCACGUGCGACUGUGACCCGCGACGCAUCAGCGUGCUGAAGCUCAACCAGGUGUUCCCGGGCCUGUUGCAGCCGGACACCGACAGCCGGUUUGCCCGUUUGCUGGCCGACAACUACUGCCGGCAGCCGGCCAACACCACGCUUGCCGGUUACAGGGACCUGCUGGUCAGGGAGAUUGCAUGCAAGGGCGCCAACUUGACCGUGGUCCAGCCGCCUCAAUCGUCAACUGCCCAGUCACCACCGUCCUCGGACACCGCGGCCCCUAACCGUGGUAACACGGUCGGUACCAUGUACGUUACCGCAGCCGCCGUCGCCACUUUGUUGCUGUUGCGUAACCUCUCAGUCAACUGA